UUCAUUUUACACUGAGAAAAAAACGUGAGAAAAACUUUAAGCGAGCAAUCGAGCGCUGAAAGGUGGGCAUAUUGCUGAUUAAUGGAAAACAAAAUCAUGUCUGGAGACGCGCAAGAAGUACCACAGCUUGAACUUCAAGCAGUCAUUGGAUUUAAUGGACAUGUCUUCUCCGGUCUUCGAGUGCACCCCAAUCGGGAACAUCUUAUUUAUCCCUUGGGCUCCACAGUUAUACUUAAGAGUCUCACAAACGGCAAACAGCAGUUCCUGCAUGGACACACCAAUAACAUCUCUUGUGUGGCAGUCUCCAAAAGUGGACGUUACAUUGCAUCCGGCCAAGUCACCUUCAUGGGCUUUAGGGCAGAUAUCAUUAUUUGGGAUUUUCCUCAAAGGACAAUCCAUGCCAGGCUGCAGCUCCACAAGGUGAAAGUAGAGGAUCUUGCAUUCUCCCCUAAUGACAAGUAUCUUGUAUCUCUGGGGGGUCAGGAUGAUGACAGUAUCGUCGUGUGGAAUAUUGAAAAGAAAGAAGCUAUUUGUGGGAGUCCAGCUUCAGCACAGAGUGCCGGUCACUGUCUGGCAGUUCAGUUCUCCAACAAGAGUGAUGAUGUGUUUGUGUCUGCUGGGAAUGGUACACUCCGCGUCUGGGAACUGGACCUUCCCAACAGGAAGAUACGUCCCACAGAAUGCCAGACCGGACAGCUGAAGAGGGUAGUGAAAUGUGUGGAGAUUGCAGAAGAUGACGAUUUCUUCUACUGUGGUACGAGCAGCGGUGAUGUUCUCAAAGUCAAUCUCAAGACCAAACUCCUCAACAGCUGCUGGCCAGUGAAACAGAAAUUCAGCAAGGGAGUGAACUCCCUGAGCACGCUGAAGACGGGGGACGUCCUGGUUGGCUCAGGCGAUGGCAUGUGCAGCCUGUGCUCCGGGUCUAACUUUAAAACACUCAGGAAAGUGCAGCUAAAGGGAGGUGUCACAUCAGUUGCGCUCCGGGGUGAAGGCCACCAGUUCUUCGUCGGUACGGAUGCUGCACAGAUCUAUCGCUGCAACUAUAUGGACUUCAAAGAGGAGCUCAUCGCUACGAGCCACAACAGCGCUGUGAAAGGCGUAGUCUUCCCCUUUGCCACGUCGGAGCUGUUUGCCACAUUCUCUCAGGAUGACGUCAGGGUGUGGCACUCGGAGACUUCCAAGGAACUGCUGCGCAUCACGGUGCCCAACAUGACCUGUAACGCUGUGGAUUUUAUGAGGGACGGAAAGAGUAUUAUUAGCGCUUGGAAUGAUGGGAAAAUUCGUAUUUUCACUCCGGAGAGUGGCACGCUGAGUGGCAUCAUUCACAACGCCCACAGCAUGAGUGUGACGGCUAUCGCGGGCACCAGAGACUGCCAAAGGAUAGUCAGUGGAGGAGGGGAGGGCCAGGUGCGGGUCUGGCAGAUCUUUCCAGGGUCCCACCAGCUUGUGGAGACCAUGAAGGAGCACAAGGCCACCAUUACCUGCAUCAGGUUGAAGAGUGACGAUAAGGAGUGCGUCACGGCCAGCUCGGAUGGGGCCUGCAUCGUCUGGGACCUGGUCCGCUUCGUGAGAUAUCAGAUGGUCUUGGCCAACACGCUCUUCAGGGCUGUGUGCUACCACCCCGAGGAGUACCAGAUCAUCACCAGCGGGACCGACAGAAAGAUUACCUACUGGGAGGUCUAUGACGGGUCUGUCAUCAGGGAGCUGGAGGGCUCGCUCUCGGGCUCCGUAAACGGCAUGCAUAUUUCACCCGAGGGAAAACACUUUGUCACAGGGGGUGAUGAGAAGCUGGUUAAGGUGUGGGGGUACACUGAGGGGGAAGUGACACACGUCGGCAUUGGGCACAGCGGCAGUAUCACCAGUGUCAGCAUCUGCCCCAACAACAAGUACAUCAUCAGCACCAGUGCAGACGGAGCUGUGCUCAGGUGGAAGUACCCCCACGCUUCCUGAAUGCCCCCCACCCCUGUCCCAGCAUCCUCACUGUCGGGGAUGUUUCACUAACCCCCCUGCUACUUUUCCAUACUGUUGCA